CUGUUUUCAGCCGCGCGUGCACGCACUCUCGUCCAAUCAGAGCGCUCGACACUGACUUGAGUGACUCUCCUCCGACCAGAAGAUCAUGCGUGCAGCGGAUGCUGAUGAUCAGAGUGAAUGAUCCUUAAUAAAUAAGAAACAUGAUCCGGAUUGCUGCUCUGAAUGCGGCGUCUCAGGCUGCGGAUGAGUAUGAAGACUCAUUCAGAAGCACUAAGCCAAGUCAAACAAAGGAAGCCCAGGAGGCAGAAGCGUUUGCACUGUAUCAUAAAGCUCUGGAUCUGCAGAAACAUGACAAGAUUGAUGAGUCUGCCAAAGCCUACCAUGAUCUGCUCAAGACCCCACUGCUCAAGGAGGCCGUGGCAUCUGAAGAUGAGAAAGUAGGACUGAAGCAUCCUGGGCUGAUGUUGAAGUACUCCACCUAUAAAAACCUGGCCAGUCUUGCUGUGCUCCGAGAUGAUAUCGACACCGCCAUGGACUUCUAUGUAAAAGCUGUAAUGCUGGACUCGACAGAUGUGAAUAUGUGGUUUAAAAUGGGAAGGUUGGCCUUGAGGAAGGUCAGCAUGCCUUUGGCCCGUCAUGCCUUUGAGGUGGGCUUACGCUGUAACCCGGACCACUGGCCCUGCCUGGACAGUCUCAUCACGGUCCUCUAUUCUCUCAGUGACUACAGCUGUUGUUUGUACUACAUCUGUAAGGCUCUGGAGAAGGACAUAGGCUACAGUAAGGGGCGAGUGCUCAAAGAGAAGAUCUUUGAAGAGCAGCCCUGCCUCAGACGAGACUCUAUGAAGAUGUUCUCCAAACUUGAUGUGUCAGUGCAGUAUGUGGAUGUAGAUGAGGAUGAAGCUCACAGCAUUGUGGAGGAAGCGCUGGAACUGAGACGACAGAGACAGGCUAAAUUCACACGGCACCCGGUGGCUGACCUGCAACUGGUUCAGCCCAUCAAAUACUUCACGUGGAAGAGUGUGGGGGAGAGUUUCUUGGCCAUGUACAAACACCAGAACGCUUGCCUGGUCCCACGGCCUGACUUUGGCCGCCGAAUUGAUUUGUCAAUGUACUGUGACCCGGAGUGCCUCCUGCAAAUGCCCACCAGCACACCAGUGGCCCCCACCCCUGCUGCUCCAGACCCUCCUCAGCCUCCCAUGAUCGUCAUCGUACCUCAAGCCCCCCCGGCCCCUCCUCCUGUUCCCAGCAGCCCAGUCUCCAGUCAACCCCCGUCCACCGAACUGCUUGUCCCACCGCAGGCCGAACCCAUCGCUCCUUCAGGAGUACCACAGAGCCAGAGCAUUAUAGAGAUCAGCACAACCACAAUCACCACUACUGUUGCCAAUGGAGCGGAGGAUGCUGCUCUUACCACGGUUACUACUGCGGCUCUGGACGCUGCCUUGAGUGAUAAAGUGAAAAAAGGCACCAAGAGAAAACGUGUGGUAGAGGACAACAUAGAGACGGCAAAGAGACGCUCUGCACGUGUCCGCAACACCAAAUGCAAGAAAGAAGAGAAGAUCGACUUCCAAGAGCUUCUGCUCAAAUUCCUCCCUUCUAGGCUGAAAAAGUUUGAAGAUGAUGAAGAUGAGGAGAGUCUCAGUAACAUGGACUCUCAUUGUAACGUCAAACCUGAUUCCCAGUUGAACCGCAGCUCCGGAUCCAACUCCUCUGAGUAUAUCAUCUCUAUGGAGUCAGAGCGCAAGGAUGUGCAUGCGUUCCUGCUGGCGAACAUGCAGAACGGCGGCGUCCUGGAGCUGAUGAUACGGUUCCUGAAGGCAGUGGGACAGAUGUUUCUGGAGGAGUGGCCAGCGGGUCUCGCUGGAGUGGUGCUGGAUCUCUUCAUAUGCUGGAGGAAACACAGCUCUGGGCUGCCCAACCCACUGCUCAGAGACUCCAACAACCAGCACAUAAAGGAAAUGAUGCUGAUGAGUCUCUGCUGUCUGGAGCUGCAGUUGGAACAGAAGUCUAUGAUGAAGGGCAAGAACAUGUCUCAUAGGAAGACCAUGUCUGCUUCAGGAAGGGAUUGUGGGGAUGUGGAUUCAGAGACGUGCUUUCAGUCGGAUAUAUUUCUCCUGACCAUGGCCUCGUCUCAGAGAGAUCUGUUUGGAGACGACUGGCUCUCCUUUGCCGUCAGAGUUCACUGGCUUAAAGCACGACACCUCGCCUUUCAGGGUGACAUGGAGGAGGCGCUGGAGUGUUACGACAUGUGUGUCGGUCUGCUGAAAUGUCAGACGAGUGAGAUGGAAAAGAUCACCAUCCUCCUGCCCAACCUCAGCAUGGACAGUGCCAUCUCUCUAGAGGAGAUUGAGAAGAAGUUGAAGUCUCUAGAGCGAUGUCAGUCUCUAGAGGAGAUCCAGAGACUGUUUGACGCAGGGGACUAUCAGUCUGUGGUGCGUUUACUACAGCCCACACUGAGCUUCGGCCAGGGCUCGGCACGACUCAAACCCCUGGAUUACAUCAGCUCUGCUCCCGAGAGACCAGCACAGCUGCUACUGCUGCAGAGUUCCCUGCUGCGACUGAAAGACUUCAGCUCCUGCUUUGAGACAUCUGAAGUGUCUCUCAACGAGGCCUUGCAGCACUUGAACUCUUCAUUACCCAGCAGCCCCUCUGCCAAGGAGGAGUGGGUUUCAACCAUCACGGCCCUGCUGAAGGGCAUUGAAAUCUGCAUCACUGACAAGCCUGAGCUUCUCUGUCUCACGCCGCGCUCCACAUACCUGCCUCGCCUCGCCAACAACCUCAUUCAGUUGAUAGCCAACAGCAUGGUCUUACCUGAUGACCCCAAAGAGGCUCAUUUCUCAUCACUGUUGCCAUGGAUUCUGCUGUACCACCUCAUCAAACAGGAGGAGGCAGCGUUCGACUGCAUGCUGCGACAGCACAUCACAGACGAGGAUGAUGAAGAGGAUAACACUCCACUGCUGCCCUCCUCCCUCAUGCUCCUGAACACGGCACAUGAAUACCUGGGCCGGCGCUCCUGGUGCUGCAACUCUGAUGGCACUCUGCUCAAGUUUUUUGUGCGUGUGCUGCGGGAGACGCUCUCAGGACAGGAGAAGCUGCCGUAUAAAGAGGAUCUGGAGACGGCACUGGAGCAGUGUUUCUUCUGCAUGUACGCUUACCCGAGCAAGAAGAGCAAAGCCCGAUACCUGGAGGACCAUUCUGCCCCACAGGUGGAGCUUCAUUGGAGCGAUGCCAUCUUUAUGUUUGAGUACUUUAAGCCCAAAACCUUGCCAGAGUUUGACAGCUAUAAGACCAGCACUGUCUCAGCUGACCUUGCCAACCUGCUUAAAAGGCUUUCUGGAAUAAUCCCACGCAAUGACGGCCCCACACUCUCCGUCGACGACGUGUCUGCUUAUAUCGAGGGAGGUGCUGUCAAGGUGCCAGCGCUUCCAGAAGGAGCUUCCCCGGCGCCCCCUGUGGUGAACGAGCUCUACUACCUGCUGGCGGACUACCACUUCAAAAACAAAGAGCAGUCUAAAGCCAUCAAGUUCUACAUGCACGACAUCUGCAUGUGUCCCAACAGGUUUGACUCAUGGGCAGGCAUGGCACUGGCACGUGCCAGUCGCAUCCAGGACAAGUUGAACUCUAAUGAGCUGAGGAGUGACGGACCCAUCUGGAAAAACUCUCUGGCUGUGCUGACCUGUUUCAGACGGGCUCUGGAGAUAGACGCCUCAAACCUCUCCCUGUGGAUCGAGUAUGGUACCAUGUCCUAUGCCUUGCACUCCUUCGCUUCCAGACAGCUCAAACAGUGGAAACGUGAACUUCCCCUGGACUUGAUCAAACAGAUGGAAGAGCGCAGAGACUCAAUGUUGGAGACGUCAUCGCAGUGCUUUCGUGGAGCUUCUCGCUGUGACGGCGACGAGGAGGAGUGGCUCAUUCACUACAUGCUGGGAAAGAUUGCAGAGAAGCGCAAGAUGCCGCCCAAAGACUACCUGCAGCUGUACAAAAAGUCUGCACACUACCUGCACGAGGAGGCAGCCAGAUACCCACGCAAAAUCCACUACCACAACCCACCUGACCUCGCCAUGGAGGCCUUAGAGCUGUUUUUCCGCCUGAGCGCCACAAUUCUGAAGUUGCUGGAGAAUGAGGAAGAGGGUGGUGAAGUGUCUGAGCAGCAGAUGAAGUUCAUGGAUUAUGAGGUGUUCUUCAGCAUGCUCGCUGAAGCUGCCGUCGGACCCUUCGCACGAGGAGAGGAGAAGACCACGCCCAAAACCAGCAGCGACAAGGAAAAGCUUCCAUCCAAUAACGAUGAAGACUCGCGCUCUUCGGCUGGCGUGAGUACCUGUCCGGCAGCGUUGACCUCCUCAUCGGUCACAUCUGUGGCUGCAGCAGCUUCUCUGCCUGGCGACGGUGCGAGAGGUGCGAGUUCUCCUCCGUAUUCGGUCACUCCGGUCGACCACGAUUACGUCAAGCGUAAAAGCCAGCAGCAGAGGCACAGGCGGGGGCAGGAGCUCCAGCAGCAGCAGCAGGACGCAGAACAGAAAAUGAAAGAUCUGCUUUAUUCACACCACAAUGCUGACUUCUCACAUGACCAUGACUACUGCGUGUGUCUCUCUGCUUUGCGGCCAGGAUCUGCGUAUGAGCAAAGUCAGGACAGUGUUGCCGGCAUGUCGGACUCCAGCUCCUUGCAGGAUGUUUUCAUGGACCCUACCAGCUCUCAGGACAGCAGCCACAAGGUCGAUCCCGGCAAGUGCAGUGAUUUUCCGGAAGAAUCAAAUGCCAUUGGAAAAGAGAAACGGGCCACAGGAGAAGACAAUAUAGGCACCUUGGAGGACAAGAACAUGGACAUCAGCUCUGCCACACUGUCUCAAGAGUCUUCUGUCACACAAGAGUCUUCAGACACCACCUUAUCCAUCACCUCCCCUGAGGCCUCGGUCCCGAAAACCCCCACCACAGACACCCCGACCCAAGCUCCCGGGCUGACCCCGCACACGACCCAACCUCACAAACCACACACCUCACACUCCCAGACGGGCUCCUCCGGCGAGGGCAAGCGCAGGCCCGAGCUGCCGCCCCCCCUCGAGGUCAUCGAGCUGCCCAAGAGUCUGCCCACGGGACGGGGAGAGCAGAGGAAAACACUCGUGGACGUGUGUGUGAGGUCUCUGUUCCUGUGUCUGAGUCGCUUCCCACAGCAUUACAAGAGUCUGUACCGUCUGGCCCACCUGUACGCCUACAGCAGGACACACCAGAACCUGCAAUGGGCACGAGAUGUGUUGCUAGGGAGCAGUGUCCCAUGGCAACAGCUGAAGCACAUGCCGGCACAAGGACUUUUCUGCGAGAGGAAUAAGACCAAUCUGUUCAACGGCAUCUGGCGUAUUCCAGUAGAUGAGAUCGAUCGUCCUGGUAGUUUUGCAUCUCAUAUGAACAGAUCCAUCGUGCUGUUGCUGGAUGUUCUGUCUCAACUGAAAGAUCACCACACAUUACUCAAAAUCUCCCUUAUGCUUCAGAGAACCCCCGACCAGGGAAAGAAGUACUUGCGAGAUGUGGACCGACAAGUUUUGGCCAAGCGAGCGUUUUGCUUCACUGUAAAAGUGCUGGAGGACAAUCUGGAUAAACUCACAGGGGUAAGCGAUCCUCCUAAACCGUCUACCACCUCUAUGGGUGAAAUGACCACAGCGGAUGUUUCCAACCGGCCUCCUGCUGCAGAAGACCCCAAAUGCUCACACACUAGCCAGCCUAAAGCAGGACUCCCCGACACCCCUACGCUCACAGGGAGUGAGACCGGACCUCCUGCCAUUCCUCAACAACAUUCAGCCACACUUCAGCUCUCUCUGGAGCCUUUAACUCAGGUGACAGCGGUCACAGUUCACCCCAGAGAAGGUACUUCAGGACUUGGAGAGCCUAUGGAGCUCGGCUUGGGAUUAUGGCCGGGUGCUUCAAAAUUCAGAGACCCUCAAACACCAAUUGACACUGUCCCACAAGAGCAGGCGAUGGUUAAAUCAGUAGCGGAGGAGGUUGAUAAGAUCCCAGAGAGCAGUCGGGCGACGGAGCUGUCGCUGGAGGAGUUGAGCAUUAGCUCUAAACAGCAACAGCUACAGCUACUGAAUCAGGUGAACGCAGCUAAAGCAGCGCCAACUAUGGCCACAGCGCCAACGCCGAGCAACCCUUUACCCAGCAGCCCUGAGCUAACGCUACCACAGAGACCCAACAGAAAGAGAAAACUGCUGGAUGACGUGGAGUCUGGGAAGACGCUGCUUCUGGAUGCGUACAGGGUUUGGCAGCAAGGUCAGAAGGGCAUGACCUACGACCUGCAGCGCAUCGAGAAGAUCAUGUCCGAGACCUACAUGCUGAUUAAACAGGUGGAUGAGGAUGUAGCGCUGGAUCAAGCUGUGAAGUUCUGCCAGAUUCAAAUGGCAACGUCGGCACAAAGACAGAGCUCCAGUGAUGCGCCAACCACUCCCAAGUUUAGUAAAGACCAGCGAGACAUCUUCUUCCCAGCAUCAUUCUCCACGCCGUGCCUCCACACACACUCACACACACACCCAGCAUCAGCGCAGGACGGGGAAGCCAAGCUGAGCAAGACCCCUCGGCCACUUCUCAUCCAGACACAAACACACACCACUCCAUCACAGAUCUACUGCCAACCCGACCAAUCGCAGCAGCGCAAGACGCCUAGCCAGCCAAUCGCAAGCAUGGCCUUUUUGCCCCACACAGAGGAGCGAGAGGAGGCCACGGCGUCUGAGGGUCUGCUGUACCGUCAGCAUGAGUCUCACCUGUGUCAGCAGAUGAAGAUGAUGGCCAGUGUCUCUCAGAUUCACAACACACACGAGUGGCCGUCCUGCUCCACUCACACCAGCACAGAAAGUGAGCAGUGGAAGCAGGGUGACCCGAGUCGCAUCCGCUCCAGAAUCCCCCCCAACAUGCCCAAACUGGUGAUUCCCUCCACAGUCACCAAAUUCCCCCCCGAGAUCACCGUCACGCCCCCCACACCCACCCUGCUCUCGCCCAAGGGGAGCAUCUCUGAGGAGACCAAACAAAAGCUCAAGAAUGUGAUCCUGUCCUCUCAGUCGGCAGCGAACGUGAAGAAAGACACUCUGGCUCAGCCCGCUUUAGAGGUCCAGGAGACGUCGAGUCAGGAGUCGUCCCUGGAGAGCGAGUCCGAUGAGGAAGAUGACUACAUGGACAUCUGA